UUUCUCACUUCUCACAUGCAUACAUCUUACUCGCUGCCUGUAUAGAAGAACUGUUCUCGCCCGAAAAUGUCACCCUAUACGAAUCGCUCGCUAGCAACACUUCCGCCUAUCAGAAGAAUCUCACUGCGUCCGACAUUUGACGCAUUGCCCGCACAUAUCCCGACGAUCAGCAGUACUCCGAGGAACAACGCGACGUUCUUGUCAAGGCAACGCUCAGCAAUCAUCCAAAUGCCGUCCGCCCAUUCAAGGACUUCGCCUUCUGCGAGGUGAUUGGCGAUCUCCUCGAGCAGCCGAUCUGGUGCCAAUUGACGCACCUUAACAUCAUCCAACAGCUUUGGAAUACGGAAUGGAAAGACGUCCUCAAUCGCUCCAUCGUCUACCAGCACAGAUUGCUGUCCGACAGGAAGCUCACCGAGUUCGUCACUGAUCAGUCCACCGGUGCCAUCAUGCGAUACCCCGAGAUCCUCGACAACCGAUUCACGAAGACGUGCACUGAGGCCUGGAAUAAUUUCCUCGAGCGCGUCGUGGAGUGGAACGACAACAAGCGUCGUGGCGAGGAACCUGUGUACAAGACCAUACUCUUGGAUCGCCUCGACGACUUCUACAACCCUCCUGACGACCAAUUGGGACGGUCAAAGCUCCCGACUGAGCAUCUGCGCUUUGCUACGCCGUUCAUGGCCAAGAUCUGCAACUUCUUCGAUACGUUCUCAGCGCUCAUCAUCAUCACUCCGAAGAUGGUCCCAAAACUUCUCAAGUUCUUCAACUCCACCUAAGAUGCAGCGAAAGAGCUUGGGCGAUGGGCUCUCGUCAACUAUCGCAAGGUCUCCGUCGGCAGUGGUACGCAGGAGGUGUCUCGUGCGCCGUCCUGCUUCGAGCUGUGGGCGAAUUUGAGAGCCCUGCGGGUUGGGGAUACAGUUGUGAGGCAUGAUGCGUACAAGGACCGUUUUGUGCAAGUUUUCUCGAUGGUUGUCGCCUACAAGGACCUCCUCCACAUGCGCCGCAUCCUCUAUUAUCUCUUCCACGUCCACUCCGUCCCAUUGUCCACGAAGGGCUUCACCUUGCUGACCCAGCAGCAAAUUCAAGACGAGUGCCUCCCCUAUGUUCGACGGCUUUGGCGCCAAGGAGAAGUGAUCUCGGACGACUCGGACAACGAGACGAGCCGCAGGAAGUCGAGGAGGAAGAAGAAGGCGAAGGCGGCACCUGUCAAGCCAGCUCGCUGGGACGAGCUAUACCCAAUGCUCGGGAUGGCUCGCUAUUACCACGGCAAGGACUGGCUCACUGACGAUGUCGAGGGCCAGGCCAUCAAGAUCCAGCGCCUGGUCUUCCAGUGCUUCAACGAGGCUGGCAUCGCAAAGUCGUACUUCUCCGAGCUGAUGCGCGACCGGACUUGGUACAAGCCCGCCUUCACUUCCAGGCGUACAUCUUGUCAUCCGACAUCAGAGAUGGCAUCCUCGAGGAAGGCACCGUUGGCGCAUCUUUCGAGGUUGGGUGGCAGCUGGGCGACUUGACUGAAGAGGAUGAGCUGGUCGUGUCGGCGGACUGGAUAGAGGAGGAGGACGAUGCUCGUAUUGAUCUUGGGAGCGAGGAUGAGGGCAAGGGCGUUGUCCAGGAAGAGGACUUCGACUGCCCCAGGAGCUCGAAGAACACGGACAGGAGUUCCUAGACGGGCUCAUGGCCCGUCUCAAAGAGCACAUCAUCCCCUACCUAGAUGAACGGGAGCAGCAGGAUGGCUGGGACGUCUUCACGCCGGCUGCCAAGAAGAACACGAGCAUCUCCAUGCGCGCCGUCUGGGCCAGGCAGCAAGAAGAUCUCGUUGCAGCCGGGGCAGAAGGCGAGAAUCCUCCCCCAGCCGUCGCGGGUCCGUCUCGCCCGACUAGAAGUCCCGCGGUUGAGAGUCGCCCUGCUGAGCAGAGCAUGAAGCGAGGUUACACACGCUCCGCCAGCCGAUCUUCGAGGAGUUCAAGCACUACUGGCCAGCCCAAAGCGAAGCGUGGUGGCCGCAAGCCCCCCAGCCGCACUGUGACUAUUACCAUUGUUUAAGUGUGCGCAGCUGAGCUCUCAUGUGUUACCUCGCAGCUUUGCCUGCCUGCUCCCUUCCACUGCUGUAUGAACCGCUUGCAAUUCCAUUGCACAGCUCUGAUCCACCAUCUCGCUGUAUUGCUGCAUGCUGUCGUAGAUAUCCCUGCACCUAGUACCC